GUGGCGGUUGCAAUGGCGGAACAAAGGGCGGCGGAUGACCUCUAUCGCAAGACCUUGCGGUUCUUGGUGUCGGUCGCUGCGGAGUUAGCGUAUCCCAAACUGCAGCUGCGGGGAGGACACACUUUGGGAAAUGGCUUCUUGUAUGAACUCGAGGGCGGAGCCGAUUCGGAGGAGGAGGUGGACCAGAUCCGGAAGAAAUUGCUGGAACUGGUGGAUUCAGAAGAGACCAUCUAUCGCGUGACCAAGCCCUGGAAGAAGGCCGUGUCCUACUUCCAGGAACACAACUUGACAGCUGCCAGCAGCCUCUUGUCCUCGCGGGUCAAGACAGAGGUGCAGUGCUACGAGUGCCACGGGGUGCUGCGCUUGAACCUCUUUGAGUUGCAUGAAAAUGCUUCAGCGUUGAAGGCAGGAACCUUCGCCUUGGUUCGUUGCAAGGAGAUGACGGGCUUCGUGGCCUCGUACACAGAGGACUAUCAGUUGCAGUCUGCGUUGUUGAUCUCGCAUACGGACCACAAGAACUUCUGCAAAGGCUAUCAGGUGCGCUCCGUCGGCGAGCUGAACCACCUGUCGCAAGUGGGUCGAGGACGAAAGGAUUUCGUCUUGGCCUGCGAGUUCCGGCAGGAGACCAAGAUUGCCGAGAUUGUAGCGCAGGUCAAGGAGAGAUCUGCUGCCGGCAAGGCUGUGAAGGUGAUUUGCAUCGCCGGGCCGACCAGUUCGGGCAAGACCACCUUUGCCACCAAGCUCUGCAUGUAUCUGCAGAACAAUGGCUAUGCCGCCAAACCACUCACGGUUGAUCACUACUAUCUUCCCUUGCCUCGCCAGCCAAAGUACCAGGCGCGGCAGCAGCGCUCCGAUGUGGACUACGAUCACAUCGAGUCCAUGGACGUGGAGCUCAUUUGCGAGCACUUGAAUGCAUUGAUUGCUGGCAAGUCUGUGAUGACACCAGUGUACAAUAUGAAGACAGGGUACCGAGACGGGGACGGGCACAAGUUUGAUGCGUUGCCUCCCAACGGGAUCUUGGUGAUCGAAGGGAUUCAUGCCCUCAAUCCCAUGUACGCACAGGCAGUGGAUGUGAACAAAGUUUUCAAGAUCUUCAUCUCGCCCUUGACUGCCAUGCAGUUGGAUGAUCACAAUUGCGUCAAGACUACGGACCAUCGCUUGCUGCGGCGGAUGUGCCGCGACUAUCUCUUCCGGGGGAACUCAGCAGCACGUACCCUUGGCAUGUGGGACAAUGUCAGAAAGGGAGAGGGCGUUUGGAUUUUCCCUCAUCAAAAUGGAGCAGACUUCGUGAUGAACUCUGCGGCUGAAUAUGAGAUCCCUGUGCUGAAAACCUUCAUCGAACCUUUGCUUCGAGGAGUACCUGCAGAUGAUGAAACCUAUGCCAAGGCUCAAGACGUGCUAAAUCUGCUGGAGUGCUUCAGUACUUGGCCGCCCGAGCACACGCCUGGGCAAGCGCUUUUGCGCGAGUUUAUCGGCGAUGGUGUCUUCGACUGUCACUGAGCGCUGCGCAUUGAUUCAACACAGCUGGCGGGCUGAGCACAUGUGUCGUGAGGUCAGGUCCUACACCCAGGUGCUUGGCAC